AUGAGCGCUCGCAAAGAGUCCACCGCCGACUCGCUCUCCGAGCACUCCAAUUAUCCCGACUCCAGGUCCGACUUGGACGCCGACUCCAAGAACACCCCCGCCAAGGAAGAGCUCAAGAUCUACAAGACCAUCUCCAGAGUUCACCGCGCCUGCAACGCCUGCCGCAAGCAAAAGGCUCGCUGCGAUGGCCCCGAGAACCCGCCGUGUCGAAGAUGCAGGCAGGUCGGCAUCGAGUGCAUCUUCGAAAAGCCACCCAAGGAUCCCUCGUCGUCCACCACCAACACAGCCGACACCGGCGCCAGCUCCGAUCGCAUCCGCGUCCUCGAGGCACAAAUGUCCGGCAUGCAGAGCAUGAUCUCCGAACUCGUCGCAUCCAUCAAGGCCAACACCAACGCCAUCGCUGCUCCAGCACAGCCCCCGUCGCAGCCGCAGCAGCAGCCACCCCAACACUCUCCUCAUGCUUCGUCCGUUUCCGCAGCCUCGCCACUCUCCUCCCGAGCUUCCAGGUCGGAUCGCUACGCUCGGCCGCGCCAUCAUAACGUGUCGCUUCAGCAGCAGCCAUACGCCCAGCCGCCACACCACCGCAACUCACACCCCGCUGGCUCACCAGCAACAGAAGCGCUGCAACAUUAUACUCCAGACACAAUGCCCGCCGAUCAGCUUCAGCGCCCACCUUACCCUCCUUCUGCCAGCUCCUUUGCCAGCACAUCCAGUCACGCCGGCACCAUGCCCAUCCACGCCGCACCCGGCUAUCCGCUGCAGCAACCUCCCAACUUUCAAACAGCUUACGGCCAUCCGCCAUCCAAGAACGACGACCACUUGCUCCAGCACCACUCGGAUCUCGACGCCUUCCAGCGCAGGAGCAGGUCCCGACCCGGCCACGAUUCCGACAUCCGCGAUCAAUCCUCCAAUCCAUGGCAACAUCCUCAUCUCGCCGCCUCCGCUCCAGUCUCGGCGCUUUCCCAUGGCGUGAGAUCCGACGUCGCUUCGUCCUCUCCCGGCGAUCCCUCGGCUCCAGCAGCAGCUACCUCUUCGGGCUGGACACCGACUCCAGCCAUGCCCGCCUAUCAGCGCUCUCAUUCGAGCCGCCGCCGCUGGACCUCUUCCGAUCGCGCGGGCAGCCAUAGCCUCUCCAACGACCAGAACUUGACGCCCUCCGAUGGGCCUGGCGCGGCCGACGAUGGCGAUCAUCGCGAAACGGACAUCAGCAACGACCAGCUCAGCGCUCCCAUCGAGGCGCUCCGAGGCUUGGCCGAUGCCGCUGCCGCUGCCGCCGCAGAGGAGUCCGAAGGGCACACCUCCAACGACUCGAGCGACGAAAAGAAUCACGGCACCGAAGACGAUUCAGCGCGGACGGGACGCGGUGCCGGUGAUGCGGAUGCAGCGUCGGCGCUUCAACAAGGCGACGAGGCGGCUAAACGCAACGCAGCCCGGAACGACGACAAUCCGGGCGAAGGCGGCGGUCAAUCGCCCCGCAAGAAGCGCAGACGCGACACCAAUGCAGCCUCGCCCAACGCAGCAGGGGCCGCCAAUGCCGCGUCCGAUGCACAGGCCGGUGCUGGCGGCACAGGAACCACUCCGAAGGCGUCCGGCAGCACGGGCUUGAGUGCAGCAGCACCCUCACCCUCCAACGCCGCAGGCGGCGCCGGCCGCUCGGGCAAGAUGGAAGCGCCCGGCCUCGUCACGAGCGCACCCGGCGACCUGGUCACCCUGGGCCUCGUCACCGAGAGCGACGCCAUGCGCCUCUUCGAGACCUUCCAGAAGGGCGUGCCCAAGUUCAUCUCCAUCUUUCAUCUCGAGGACGAGCCGAUGACGACGGCCGAGGCGUACCACCACGUGCGCACCACCUCGUACUUUUUGUUCAACGUGAUGCUCGCUAUCGGCGCGAAAGUCGAGUGCGGCGGCAAGAGCCCCAGCCGCCUUUACCAGACGUGCAUGGCGCAGGCGAAGCGCAAUGCAAAGGACACGAUGUUCAGCCCUGUCGCAGGCAAGUCCGCCGUGCAGGCCAUGGUCCUCUUGGCCGCCUACAGCGAGAAUGGAUGGCUCCCGCUCGGCUUGUCCAUCCGCAUGGCGCAGGAGCUCGGGCUGGACCGCUCGUUCCAGAAACUCAUGUCGGCGCUGCCUGCGUCGGGCUACAUCAAGCAUCCGCAACCGCCGCCGCCGCCCAAGCAUCUCACCUUCUACCACAACUCGCCCCAGUCGUCGCACUACACCGGCUCGCCCACCGACGUCAACUCGGUCGGCGGCGAAUCGAUGGAUGGCAAGACGGGCGCCAACGUCGCUGGUGCAAAUGCGGUCGCGGCGGUGGCAGCCGCCAACGGCAACACUGACGCUGCGGCCAAGCGCGAGCUCGACGAGCUCAAGGAUCUGGCGCGAGGCGCCAGGCUGUGGUUCUUCCUGUUCCUGUUCGACCACCAAGCGUCGUACGGUGCGGGCAGGCCGGCGAUGCUGUCCAAGCACUACGUGCGCAACUGCCGCGCGUUCCUCAGCCUCGACUAUCCGCUCACUGUCAAGACGGACGCGCGCUUCAUCAGCACGCUCGAGCUGCUCAUCAUCCGCGAGACGCACUACGAUGCCAUGGCGCCGUACGACCAGCCGGUGGACGCGCGCAUGCUCUCCAAGAUGCGCAAGGUGACCGAGGAGCUCAACGAGUGGCAUCAGUACUGGUCGACCGACUUUGAAAGCCGCGGAUACGCGCACGACUCGUUCUUCCAGCAGUCGCUCAUCCUCCAGUGCGCCAGUGCCGAGCUGUAUCUCAGCUGCACCGCGCUGCGCGGAAUCCGCGACGCCAACGAUGCCGAUCAGAUGGGUCCCGAACAGAAGGAGCUCAUCAUCCAGGCGACCCGAGCCGCAGAUACCUGCCUCAGCAUCUCGGUCAAUGCCAAGGAGUACAGGGAGAUGCUCGGUUGGGCACCGCACUACACGCACGUUACCGCGGCCUUUGCCUGCGUGUUUUUGAUCAAGAUCGCAAGGCUCUUUCCGAGGCAGGUGGACACGUACGGCAUCUUUAGCAAUGCAGAGAGGCUCGCGAGUCGGCUCGCCGAGGUGCCUGCCAGCAAGUACGCCAGGGUCAUUAGGAUCCUGCUCGCGCAGGCGUGGAAGAAGAUCGCCGACCUCAGUCCGGCGAUUGGGCUGUACGCUGCGCUGGGUGCGGAAGCGACGAGGCCGGGCGCGAUCACGCCCGCCGAGAUCAAGACCGGUGGGCCGAGCGACUCGGGCAUCAGCCUGCUGUACAAGCUGCUGCAGGAGUACCAGAAUGGUCAGCUCGAGGGCGACGAGGAUGCGGCGCGAGGCGAGGGGGGCGUGCAGCCGGUGCAUGCCGAUGGUGCAGGUGCGGGUGGUGAGAGUGCGUCGGGUUCUCGCACACCAGGGUUCGGCGACCUGGCCAAUAGCAGCAAGUGGUUGAUGACGGGCAUUUCGUCGCCUUCCGUCGGCGGUGCGGCGCUUGGGGCGGGGGGAAACGGCGCCAUGUCGCCGAACAAGGCGGCUCUAGCAGGACUGUUUUCACAUCGCGGUAGCAUCAGUGGGUUCGACCAGCACGUAGGUGGCAACGCCGGCAAUGCAGGUCACGACGGUCUGGCAUGGAGCUCGUUGAUGGGUCCAGCCACGCCAUCUGCAUCGCACGCCGGUGGAGCGUACAUUAGCGAUGGCUCGUUGAUCAAUGCUGCAACGCACCAGCCGAUUCAGCUGCCGGUGUGGAUGCAGGAAAGUACGGGUGGUGCUGCCGACUUGGGUGCGUUUGACACGCCAGCGGGUGGAGUUCCUGAGGCUUCGGAAGUCAAACCUGCCACCGCGGCGAGGAGUUGGGGACACCAAGACCACUAUCAGUCGCCAGUCCCGCAUGGAUCGCAGUACACCUCACCGGUCUAUCAGACGCCUCAACCUGCGCUGCACCAGAAUGCGAGACAGGAUGCGCAGCAAACGGGGCAUUUGCAGGUCCACCACCCGCGUGCUCAUAUGGUCCCCGCAAGCCCCGCACCCCAGCUCGGACAGGGACUGCAGCCGUUCAACUCGACCAACUUCGAUACAGUGCUCUCGGACCUUGGAUUGCCCCUCGAUGGGCUGGAUGGCCUGUUUGGCGAUCUGCCCAUCAAUGCACCCACCGCCCAGUCGAAUUACUCGGUCUGA